UCAAUCAGCUUGGUGAUCGCAUCAAAUGAGCGAGAGAAAAACAAAAUUUAACCCAUUUAAAAUCCAUUUUUUUUUUCUUUUUUCAAUCAAGAAAAACUUUUCUCUGUGUUGUUUUCAAUUUGUUUAACACAAAAUUCUUCCAUUAAAGAUUUUUGUGAUUUUGAAUUGUGAAAAAGUCAAAAAUCAUCAUUGAAAAUGUAUUACGAACAUCCAAAUGGUUAUAAUAUCUCUCAAAUGGCCAUCAUUUUCAAUUCCAUACCACAUAUACAAUUAACCAAUGAAGGCCUGAUUCCGUUAACAAAUACAACAUUCGAUUAUGGUCGUUUAUCCUAUCUAAAUUCAUUACUGAUUACAUUCAUCAUACCAUUGUUUGUUUUAUUGAUAAUAUUUUUCAUUUAUAUUUGUUAUCUGUUUAUAUGGAGAUAUUUGGAAUAUAAUUCUCGAACAACCAAAUCGACAACAAUAUUGCAAAAACAAAAAUUCAAAACACAACGACCAUGUCGUUGGUUAAUGAUUAUUUGUGGUUGUUUUACCAUUGGGAUUUUGAUCUUUGGUUUAACCCUUAUGUAUCUUGGAUUCCGAGAUACAGGCAAUACAAUUGAAGAAUUUAUUCAAUCAAGUAAUAAUUCAAAACAAACAUUACGUAAUUGGAAUGAUUAUCUACAAAAUCAGAUGAAAUUAACCCUUAAUUCAUCAAUCGAAACAUCGUUAUCAUCGUCGCCAGAAUCUACAUCGCUGUCAAACAAUCAACAACAAUAUUAUCUACUGAAACGCCUUAACGAAACAAUAGAAUUUUAUACAAAUAAAACAAAAAUUCAACGUAUGAAAUGGUCAUUUCAAAUAUAUCAAUGGUUAACCUUGUCCAUAAUCCUUAUGAAUCUAUUGAAUAUAUUCCUUAUGUCGGCUUAUUGGUUAAUAUUGGCUUUGUUUGGUCAUUAUAUUGAUAACAAUGAUGAUAAUCGUUUAAAACGUUUUAUAUUGAUUACAUUUGCAAUGGUUAUCAUACAGAUUUGGAUGUUUGAUUCACAUUUGGUCACAACGAUUGCUACAUCGGAUUUUUGCCUCUCGGCUAAACAAUCUAUUGCGGAUAUUGUUGUAAAUAAAUUCCCCGAAUAUAAUUAUACAAUGUCUAUGGUUAGAUAUUAUCUGGAUUGUGAUCUACCAAAACAUCUGAAUCUACAGGAUCAUAAAAAUACCGUUGAUAAUUAUCUUGAUCAAUGGGAUAAUUUAGAAAUAUUAAAAUUACCAGUGGGAAAAAUUCUCAAACAAAAUUUUAAUUUUAUUGAUUCUAUACGUAAAAAUAUAAAUGAAACAUAUCAAAUUAUAACUUGUGAACAUAUGAAUGAAAUUAUUAACAAAGGGUUAACUGAAUUUUGUCAACAACCAAUCAAUGGUUUUACAUUAUUAACAUUUGGUCAUUUUUUUCAUUUUUUUCUUACAAUUUUAUUACUUUUUUUGAUUACUUUUGCUUAUUAA